CAUUGGCAGAAAGCGUAGCACUCGUGAAGGCGCCGGAACAAACGCAAGCUGUGCUGCACGCUUGUGUCAUUUUCCUUGGAGGCAGAAAGCGCGCCAAAUCAACGAAUCCUUUUACCCAGUUCGUCGCUUCUGAACCUCUCAAGUGACGGACCCACAUCCGCCGCUCGGCCACCCAGCACGGUGGCGCUACCACCACCGGCAUGGGAAAGCAAAAGCAACAAGUCAUUUCCCGCUUCUUCGCGCCCAAAUCAACCGAUUCAUCAUCUUCUUCUCGUCGUCCGAACCCUCCAACCCCUCCUCCCAAAAUCUCGGCCACUGUCAGUUUCUCUCCCGCCAAACGCCUUAUCGCUUCUCAGCUAACAUCACCGGAUAAGCCUUCGAAAAUUCCUAAACGCUCUCCCCACACUCAAAACCCUAUACCUCCUCUUCCCGAGCCCUCCCUCCACCAGAGAUUCCUCCAGAAGUUUCUCGAACCUUCCUCUGACCUUCCAGAGGCUUCUUCGGGGAUUCCGAAGUUGCAGUCGUCUAAACCGGUUAAGUAUACCCCUUUAGAGCAGCAAGUGGUGGAACUCAAGAGUAAAUACCCAGAUGUUCUUCUAAUGGUUGAAGUUGGCUAUAAGUAUCGAUUUUUCGGCGAAGAUGCUGAAGUUGCAGCUAGGGAGUUGGGGAUAUAUGCUCAUAUGGAUCAUAAUUUCAUGACUGCGAGCGUACCAACUUUUCGUCUUCACGUACAUGUGAGAAGGCUAGUGAGUGCUGGGUACAAGGUCGGUGUAAUUAAGCAGACUGAGACCGCAGCCAUUAAAGCUCAUGGGUCGAAUAGGUUGGGUCCAUUUUGUCGAGGGUUAUCGGCAUUGUACACAAAAGCAACACUGGAGGCUGCCGAGGAUCUGGGUGGAAGGGAAGAGGGCCGUGGAUCUGAUAGUAAUUAUCUACUUUGUGUUGUUGAGCAGAGCAUUUUGGGAGAAAACGCAAAGCGUGGACUGGAAAGUGGUUUUGAAGUGAAAAUUGGAGUUAUUGGGGUGGAAAUAUCAACUGGCGAUGUUGUUUAUGGGGAAUUUAAUGAUAACUAUUUAAGGAGUGCACUUGAGGCUGCAAUUAUGAACUUGUCUCCGGUUGAGUUGCUUCUUGGGGACCCACUGUCCAAACAAACAGAGAAGUUGUUACUGGCUUAUGCUGGGCCUGGCUCAAAUGUUCGUGUGGAGCGUGCUUCACGAGAUUGCUUCGCCAAUGGAGGUGCUCUUGCUGAAGUUGCGUCUUUGUAUGAGAACAUGGAUGUUGACAGUCCAUCAGAACCCAUGCAAGGGAAUGAGUUAAAUGAGCAUGGAAAUUGUCAGUUGUCAAUCAAGGAGAUCAUGAACAUGCCUGAUUUAGCUGUCCAAGGUUUGGCAUUAACCAUUCGUCAUUUAAAGCAAUUUGGUUUUGAAAGAAUAAUGUGUUUAGGAGCUUCUUUGAGGCCCUUAUCAAGCAAUAUGGAAAUGACCCUCUCAGCCAACACGCUUCAACAACUAGAGGUUUUAAAAAAUAACAGCAAUGGAUCUGAGACUGGCUCGUUGCUGCAGAUUAUGAAUCAUACUCUUACAAUAUUUGGUUCCAGGAAUCUUAGGCACUGGGUAACUCAUCCAUUGUGUGAUAGAACAAUGAUUUCAGCCCGUCUUGAUGCUGUAUCUGAGAUAGCAGAAUCCAUGGGUUCUUGCAAUGUUUUGAAGAAUCUAAAACAUGUCAAGGAAGAUUCUGAUGUAGCAGUAGUGCAACCUGAGUUAUCUUUCAUACUUUGUUCAGUUUUGACAAAUCUGGGUCGGGCACCAGAUAUACAGCGUGGGAUUACAAGAAUUUUUCAUCUGACUGCUACCCCAUCAGAGUUUGUUGCAGUUAUUCAAGCUAUAUUAUCUGCUGGAAAAUGGCUUCAACAACUUAACACAGACGAGGAAGACGAUAAUAUGUUGCACUCAAGUCUGUUGAAAAAGCUGAUUUCGACGGCUUCUUCUGCCAGUGUUAUCAGCAGUGCAGCAAAAAUGUUGUCAUCUAUAAACAAAGAAUCUGCUGAUCAGGGAGACAUGACAAACUUGUUGAUUUCAUCUGAGGGGAGAUUUCCUGAGGUUGUCCAAGCCCGUAAGGCCUUUCAGAUGGCUGAGGAUCGAUUAAAUUCUUUGAUCAUUUUGUACCGUAAACAGCUUGGAAUGCGCAAUUUGGAAUUUAUGAGUGUUUCUGGAAUAACUCAUUUGAUUGAGGUAUCCACAGAUGUAAAGGCACCUUCAAACUGGCUUAAGAUAAAUAGUACAAAGAAAACAAUCCGUUAUCACCCUCCUGAAGUGUUAGCAGCAUUAGACAAGUUAUCAUUGGCAAAAGAGGAACUCACCGUUGUCUGUCAAACUGCAUGGAAUAGCUUUCUGAAGGAUUUCAGUAAACACUAUGUGGAGUUUCAAGCUUGUGUUCAAGCACUAGCUGCUCUGGAUUGUCUCCAUUCACUUGCCAUUCUUUCAAGAAAUAAGAGUUAUGUUCGCCCAGUAUUUGUAGAUGAUCAUGAGCCUUCUCAGAUACAAAUUUGUUCUGGUCGACAUCCGGUUUUGGAUACCACCUUACAAGACAAUUUCGUCCCAAACGAUACAGACAUGCAUGCAGAGAGAGUAUACUGUCAGAUCGUUACUGGACCCAAUAUGGGAGGAAAAAGUUGCUAUAUUCGCCAGGUCGCUCUCAUUACUUUGAUGGCUCAGGUUGGCUCCUUUGUCCCAGCAUCAUCUGCAAAACUACAUGUCAUGGACGGGAUCUACACUCGGAUGGGUGCUUCUGAUAGUCUUCAGCAAGGGAGAAGCACCUUCCUGGAAGAACUAAGCGAAACUUCACAUAUACUUCAAAGUUGCACUGGACGGUCACUUGUUAUAAUUGAUGAGCUUGGGAGAGGAACAAGUACUCAUGAUGGCAUGGCUAUUGCUUAUGCAACUUUGCAUUAUCUGCUGGGGCAGAAAAAAUGCAUGGUCCUUUUUGUGACACACUUUCCCAAGAUUGCUGACAUCAUAAAUGAAUUUCCUGGUUCUGUGGCUGCUUACCAUGUAUCCUAUCUGACCUCACCUGAUGGUGCAAGGAAAACCUUCAACUCAGAUCAUGAAGAUGUCACUUAUCUGUACAAGCUUGCCCCUGGUGUUUCAGAGAAGAGUUUUGGAUUUAAAGUAGCUCAGCUUGCACAGCUUCCUUCACGCUGUAUUAGCCGAGCAACUGUAAUGGCUUCCAGAUUAGAGGAAGUAGUAAACAGUAGAAUAAAGAGUAGAUCUGUAAAGGAUCUUCUGUUGGGUACAAUGGUGAUCGAUGAAGACCAAGAAGCACAGCAGCGUAUGCCUCAGCCACUAGAUCGUUCAUGUCAAGAGUUCAUCAGCACUUACAAAGGAUUCUUUUCAAACUUAAAGGCUGCAUUUCAAGAGGAUGAUCUUGCAGAAAGCUUCCAGUUUUUAGAGCAUGCUAGAAGCAUUACAAAGGAAUUAAUUAGCAGAUAAAUGCUGCUUUUUGAAGUGAGAUGAAAUGUGUCAUUGACACACAAAGGCAGGGUUCAGAAGCUGUAGGACGUCUUUUUGGGUUAACAUACAGCCAUGGACGUUGUAUAUAGGACAUUUUGCCUGAGAAGUUUUGCAUGUUUUAUCUGCUUUUUAAUUCUCUUUUUCGUCCUCAUUGUGCUCCCUCAGUUCGAUCACUUUUCUUUGAGAAAAUAGCAUUUAACGGCCGCUGAGGAAAAGAUUAAUUGAUUUUAAAAUUGCACUGUA